AUGCCUAGAUCAAAGCGUUCGAAACUAGUAACAUUAUCUAAAACCGAUAAAAAGGGAAAGGAAAAUAAAGAAAGAAUUUUCGAUGCGGUGAGGACUGCUUUGGACGAAUUUCGCUUUGUAGUCGCGUUGCAGUUGGGGGACCUCAGAAACAAUUUUCUUCAAGAUAUUAGAGGUGAUUGGGCAGGAUCAAAGAUCAUCCUGGGCAAAAGGAAAGUACUCCAGAAGGCUCUCGGUGAAACUGAUCAAGAGGCUUACAAAGAUAAUUCAAACAAACUUAGCAAGGUGCUUUCAGGCGAACAUGGCCUCAUAGCACUCUUGUUUACGGAUGAGUUGCCGGAAACAGUUGAUGCCUAUUUCUCGGCGUUUCGUAAAACCGAUUAUGCGAAAGCUAAUAACGAUGCUCCGAUAGAUUUUAUUGUUCCACAGGGUGUGGUUUAUUCAAGAGGAGGUCAAGUGCCGUUGGAAGAAGAUGUCCCUAUGUCGCACUCACUAGAAGUUACAUUGAGGACGAAGUACAAGAUGCCAACGAAAAUCAAAGCGGGAAAAAUUUUCUUGGACGAGCCAUUCGAAGUUUGCCGAAGAGGCGACCAUUUAGACGUUACGAAAGCGUUGAUUCUCAAGCAGUUCGGCGUUGCUGCUACGGAAUUUACUGUUAAAAUUCUCGGGAGCCUCGAUUCAGAAACUGGCCAAUGUAAGAAAUAUUGA